CUUUCUUGUAGAAGGCUCCAACUCUACCAACCUUCCAAAUCAUCAUUAUAGAAAGCUUUCAACCGCUGUAAAGACGCCAUUUUUAUACUUUCUUCUGUUUUCCGAUUCACGUCAGCUCCCUGAACUUUCUGAAUUCCGAUCAACUCUCCGAUUCGGGCGAUGAGUGAAGGAGAAGGGGAAGAUGCAGUUCGACGCCGCAAUGCGACGGCGGCGGAGUACCGGAAGAAGCUCCUUCACCACAAAGAGCUCGAAGCUAGGCUUAAAACAGUUAGGGAUAAUUUCAGAGCUGCGAAGAAGGAUUUCAACAAAACUGAGGAUGAUUUGAAGUCUCUUCAGAGUGUAGGCCAGAUAAUUGGUGAAGUUCUUAGGCCUCUUGACCAUGAACGAAUGAUUGUCAAAGCGAGCAGUGGCCCGAGAUAUGUUGUUGGCUGCCGAAAUAAACUUGACAAGGAAAAAUUGAUUGCUGGAACUAGGGUGGUCCUCGACAUGACUACCCUCACAAUCAUGCGAGCUCUCCCACGCGAGGUUGACCCUGUUGUUUAUAGCAUGCUCCAUGAGGAUCCUGGAAAUGUUAGUUACUCUGCGGUAGGUGGUUUAUCGGAUCAAAUUCGAGAACUUAGAGAAUCUAUUGAACUGCCUCUUAUGAAUCCCGAGCUGUUCCUCAGAGUUGGAAUCAAACCUCCAAAGGGUGUACUUCUCUAUGGGCCUCCCGGUACGGGGAAGACGUUGCUAGCAAGAGCUAUUGCCAGCAACAUAGAUGCCAACUUUUUAAAGGUUGUUUCGAGUGCUAUAAUUGACAAAUAUAUUGGAGAAAGUGCGAGGUUGAUUCGGGAAAUGUUUAAUUAUGCUCGUGAUCAUCAACCAUGCAUAAUCUUUAUGGACGAGAUUGAUGCAAUUGGUGGAAGACGCUUUAGCGAGGGAACAAGUGCUGAUCGAGAAAUUCAGAGAACACUCAUGGAGUUACUAAAUCAGCUGGAUGGAUUUGAUCAGCUCGGAAAGGUAAAAAUGAUUAUGGCAACGAAUCGACCUGAUGUUCUUGACCCUGCACUUCUUCGGCCUGGGCGUUUAGACAGGAAGAUUGAAAUCCCGCUGCCAAAUGAGCAGUCAAGAAUGGAAAUUCUUAAAAUACACGCCUCUGGAAUAGCUAAACAUGGCGAAAUUGAUUAUGAAGCUGUUGUUAAACUUGCCGAGGGGUUCAAUGGAGCUGACCUUCGUAAUGUAUGUACCGAGGCUGGAAUGUCAGCUAUCCGUGCAGAAAGGGAUUAUGUUAUCCACGAAGAUUUCAUGAAGGCCGUUCGAAAGCUCAACGAGGCCAAGAAGCUCGAGUCAAGUGCUCACUACAAUGCAGACUUCGGCAAAGACUAGGGUCAAGAUUCAUGGAAGCACAGAACCAGAACGCACUGACAAUCAACAGCCCGACAGACAUCGCCUGCAUAAUGCCCGACCAAUUGAUAGUACGAUAAAGAUUAAUCCUUUGACGUAGCGAAGAACAUGGAAGAACAGUUAUACCUUGAUGAGGAUUGGAUUUUCAGCCGAGACUGUGAGAUAUGUGAGGUAAGUGCCUCCUAUCAUCCGAGAUAUCGAGAAAAUGACUGCAAAGCAUAUCUGUCGAAAAUCAAUACAACAUCAACUAUUUGUCCGACUUCUCCUAUAUAAUCUUGCAUUGAUAUA